CUUUUUGUGUCAGUCGGUUUUCGGAUCAGUCGCCGAUCAGUCGAGCUGACCACCAAUCCGGGGAAGACUGAGUGAUUGAGUGAUCAUGCUGAAUGGAAAAUUCUACACGGGCCUGCCGCCCAAAAUGGUGGAACGUCAGGGAGUGAAUGUGUGCAAUCGCCAGGAGUCCCACUUCUACUGGCCAGAUGACUCUCGAGCCGAGUCUGCGGUGGAGAAUCGAGUGAAAAGGCGGAAUAGCCAGCAGUUGGAAAAGCCUGUGCAGAGGAUAACCACCGUACAGGACUCUCCCACUGAAGUGGACACAAGGCGAAUGUUUCACAAGGAGUUUGCCAGCUCAUCCAUACAGUUUUAUGAUAAUCUACAGUCGAAUCCCAGUAAAAGAGUUCCCCUGGGAAGAGGACUGCGCAGGGAGUUGACCCCCAAGCUCACUGAAGUCAGAGCCCAGGAGUUGGAUAACAAAGCUGAGGAUACAAGCAAUCGUCGCCAGCAGGCCUAUAGCUCUAAAAUCCAAUUCUACGAUUAUGUAAACGAAGCGGAUAAUGCCACUCAAAAUAAUGUGAGAAGACCCCAGAUGGACUUAAAUGACAAACGUGAAGUGGAAUUGAAUACCAAGAACAGCCCUAAAUUACAGGUGAAAAGAAAUGUGCGCAGUUUUAGUGUGGAACUGGAACCCAAGGUCACAAAGAAACCACUGAAUGACAGCCCCGAAUGGCGACGACCACGCCCACUGCCACAGCCACAGUCACAGGCACAGCCCAAAAAGAUACUCAAGCAAAUGCCACAGGAUCAGGAUGCCUUUGAUUAUCUGGAAAAUCGGGUGAGAAGAUUGCAGCUAACUAGGAGUCCGGGUUUGCCCAAAAAGCAUGUGACCUACAACGAAGAGGCUGCGGAAUAUGCCUACUAUGAUGAUCGCGAGGAUAUUGGGGAACCCAUCUACGAAACUCGCCCACGCCAGCCGCCUAAUAUGCCGACAGGAAGUCGUCAGCAGCAGCAGCAGCAACAUCAGCAACAUCAAUUCCAGCAGCAACAACAGCAACAUCAGCGUCAGCUGCCGCGUUCGUUUAUGGAAACUAGUCGGGCCAAGCCAUUAAAUAAUAAUAAUAAUUACCAGCCCAACGCCAGCGCUAGGAAAAUCUUGCCAAAAUUGCCAGAGAGCCCAGCAACAACCAUACAUAUGGUCGAUGACAAUGACCCCCCCGCGCCCUCUGACCCCCGCAAACACCUGCGCAGCAGCCUCUGCUUCAGCGGCGACGCUCUGAUGGUGGGCGGCCAGCCCGCUCAAUCGACGGCGCAGGCGCGGCGCAGCUCCGCCGGGCAGAGAAUCAGCGUGGGUCUGCCGGACUGAGAGCUCCAAUUUGCAUGCUUGUUCAAUGCAGCUACACAGGGAGAAAUGCUGCCAAAAAUACGUUUUUUUUAUAUCUAAAUAGGUUCUCUUUGUGUCAUAUUCAACAAUUUUACCAUAAAAAGUUACUUAAUUUGAAAUACUAGUUUGUUAGGCAACAAUUUUUAAGAGAACUUCAACAAAUUUAAAUAUUUCUGAAACUUUAAAAAACUUAGUUGUGUAUAUUAAUUACGAAACUGAACCAAAAUUUUCAAUUACCAUAAAGUCUAUAAUAUUUUUAAGGCGAUUUUUAUAAAGACCUUAUAACUUAAAAAAUUUAGAAAUUUUCUGAAAAAAAGAAUACAUUUUUUUGGUUUUUUUUUCAAUUGUAAUUAAAAAUGUUCAGAGAGAAUUUACUUUUUUUACAUUUCUUAAUAAUCAUUUAUUCGUAAAAAAGCUUAAUAAAAAUACAUUUUGGUAAUAGCCAAACUAAGACUAGAUGGCAAUUCGUAUUCAAUAGUUAUUAUUAUUUUUCCCUGUGUAGUAAAGUUGAAAAAAAACAACCUGCAUAGCUAAUUGAAUGCAACAGUAAAGAAAAACACCGACUGCGACUGCAAUAGAAACAGCACGACAGCAAUAGCAAAAACAACCUAAGCCGACAGCAACAAUAUCUCUGGCAGCAACUAAACCCACUUUAUGAGUUUUACUUUUACGAUCGUCUGCUUAACUUUGACUUCACCCACAUCCAAAUGAAUGAGUCGACUUUUGUUACUGCUAUGGAAAUAUGCGGUUGAAUAUACAUAAACAAACCUUGAUCUUGACUAAUUUGUGAGCAUUGCUGUUGUUGUGAAACCCGAGCAUGUAUUAAUUUGGCUUUUAAAGCCAACGCAGAAUAAUCUAUAAUUAUUAUAAUAGAGAUAUGCUAAUAAACUGAUAUAUAACCAAACGAA